AUGACUGACACUGUGGUGAACCGAUGGAUGUACCCUGGUGAUGGCCCUCUGCAGUCAAAUGACAAAGAACAGCUGCAGGCAGGAUGGUCCGUCCAUCCUGGAGCACAGACUGACAGGCAGAGGAAGCAGGAGGAACUGACAGAUGAAGAGAAGGAGAUUAUCAACCGGGUGAUCGCUCGGGCAGAGAAGAUGGAAGCCAUGGAACAGGAGCGCAUUGGGCGCCUGGUGGACCGUCUGGAGACCAUGAGGAAGAACGUGGCCGGGGACGGUGUGAACCGCUGCAUUCUGUGCGGGGAACAGCUGGGCAUGCUGGGCUCGGCCUGUGUCGUGUGUGAAGACUGUAAGAAGAAUGUCUGCACCAAGUGUGGGGUGGAGACCUCCAACAACCGUUCACAUCCGGUGUGGCUCUGUAAGAUCUGCCUGGAGCAGAGAGAGGUCUGGAAGCGCUCAGGAGCAUGGUUCUUCAAAGGUUUCCCCAAACAGGUCCUUCCACAGCCCAUGCCUAUAAAGAAGACCAAGCCUCAGCAGCCUGCUGGUGAGCCGGCCGCCCAGGAGCAACCUACACCCGAGUCCAGGCAUCCAGCCAGGGCUCCAGCUCGAGGUGACGUAGAGGACAGGAGGGCCCCAGGACAGAAACCAGGCCCUGACGUCACCUCUGCUCCUGGGCGAGGGAGCCAUGCGCCUCCCAUGCGCAGGGCCUCUGAGGCCCGAAUGAGUACAGCCGCCCGGGAUUCUGAGGGCUGGGACCAUGGUCAUGGCGGGGGUGCUGGAGACACCAGCCGGGGCCCAGCAGGUCUGAGGCGAGCUAACUCAGUCCAAGCCUCCCGCCCCGCCCCAGCCCCAAUGCCAAGCCAGGCGUCUCCUCAGCCAGUGCAGCCAGGGCCGCCCGCAGGCAGCAGGGCCGCUCAAGGGCCAGGACGCUUCCCAGAGCAGAGCACAGAGGCUCCUCCGAAUGACCCUGGCUAUCCAGGGGCUGUUGCCCCAGCCCGGGAGGAGAGGACAGGACCUGCUGGGGGCUUCCAGGCAGCGCCCCACACUGCAGUCCCCUAUUCCCAGGCGGCCCCUGCUCGUCAGCCACAGCCUGCAGAGGAGGAGGAGGAGGAAGCCAAUAGCUAUGACUCUGAUGAAGCCACCACACUGGGUGCCCUGGAAUUCAGCCUCCUCUAUGAUCAAGACAACAGUAACCUGCAGUGCACCAUCAUCAGGGCGAAGGGACUGAAGCCCAUGGACUCCAAUGGCUUGGCCGAUCCCUACGUGAAGCUGCAUCUGUUGCCCGGAGCCAGCAAGUCCAACAAGCUUCGUACAAAGACCCUGCGCAACACUCGGAACCCUGUGUGGAAUGAGACACUGCAGUAUCAUGGCAUUACAGAGGAGGACAUGCAAAGGAAGACACUCAGGAUCUCCGUGUGUGACGAGGACAAGUUCGGCCACAAUGAGUUCAUCGGUGAGACCAGGUUCUCGCUCAAGAAGUUGAAGGCUAACCAGAGGAAAAACUUCAACAUCUGCCUGGAGCGGGUGAUCCCGAUGAAACGCGCAGGGACCACUGGGUCCGCCCGGGGCAUGGCUCUUUAUGAGGAGGAGCAGGUGGAGCGGAUCGGAGACAUAGAGGAACGGGGCAAGAUCCUGGUGUCCCUCAUGUACAGCACGCAGCAGGGCGGCCUCAUCGUGGGAAUUAUCCGCUGCGUGCACCUGGCCGCCAUGGACGCCAAUGGCUACUCAGACCCCUUUGUCAAGCUCUGGCUGAAACCGGACAUGGGGAAGAAAGCCAAGCACAAGACUCAGAUUAAAAAGAAGACCCUGAACCCCGAGUUUAACGAGGAGUUCUUCUAUGACAUCAAACACAGCGACCUGGCCAAAAAGUCCCUGGAUAUCUCCGUGUGGGACUACGACAUUGGCAAGUCUAAUGAUUACAUCGGAGGCUGCCAACUGGGGAUCUCGGCCAAAGGCGAGCGCUUGAAACAUUGGUAUGAGUGUCUGAAGAACAAAGACAAGAAGAUUGAACGCUGGCACCAACUGCAGAAUGAGAACCACGUGUCGAGUGAUUAG